AUGGAGGCCAAUACAUCCUCGAGCUCUCGAUCCCGCCGCUCCUAUCCAUCUCUGCACCCAGUCUCGCUCGCUCCUCUGACCCCGCGAUUCCCCAUCGACGAUGACCCAGAACCAGUAGACUACUUCAGCCCGCGCGGCGAUGGCGAAGUAUCCGGAAACGGCACCAGAACCCCACCGAGAAUGUCAUAUUUCUCCAGCGUCUCGGUGCCCAGCACGCCGCCGAUUCUCUCGCACUCGCGCAGCGCGUCCCGCACUCGACACUCGCGGAGCAAGAGCUCCAGCCGGGCCGGACCCCUGAGUGACACCAAUCUGCACAGCCGGGACCUUUCGCACCCGCUACACCAUCAUCACCACCAACAAGCUAGCCAUAAGAAACAAUCUAGCGCGACGCAUAUUCGGCGCCGCUUUGCGGAACCUGGAAACACCCAUGCUUCCUCCAAGUCCGACACUGAAUGGAUGCUCCGCGCUGGAAUUGCCCUGGCAUCGUCGACGCGCGAGGAAAAGGGCCAGAGCUGGCUAUCCAAGCGCGAGAGCUCGACGAGCUUGGUCUCCUUCAACGAAACUCCUCCGGCAUCCCAUCCCAACCGCCACCAUCACCGCACCAAAUCCGGUGCUUCGUCGCGCAAGUCUCACUCGGGUGCGUCCACCCCCGGCGCUGUAUCCCGCCGGAGCUCACGCCCCCGCGGCACAAGCAGGCGUGGUAGUCGAGCCGGGCUGACUAUGACGACCAUCCCGCCCGCAUCGGCCAUUUCCGCCUCAGAGGAAGAAGCUGGGAAGGAUCCCAGUCCUGGGGCUGGGACUACGAGUCCCGAAGUCCGCGGCCGGAGUACCGCAUUCGUACCAGACUUCGUCGACGAACAGAUCCGCGCGGAGAUGGCCUCGCUGCAGCAGCGGGAGCGGGGAUUCUCCGACGACCAGUCGGAGUACUGGGACAGGGAUGGGGAUGGGGAAGAAGACGGCGGUUCAGACUCAGAAUAUGACUCGUUCUCCGACGACAGCCGCGACGACUUCGACGAGGCCGAUCUGCAGCGCUUGACGCGCGAGCGCGGGUUCGGGCUGGGGAGUUGGAUCGACCGGCUGGUCGAGUGGACACUAUUUGGAGUCGAGGAGUUACCGGCUCCCGCUACUUCUACCGCUGCUGCGUCUGCUAUUACAGCCGCAGGCGGCCCUGCUCAGAUCGGUACGGCGGCUACUACCACGACGGUUACAUUCGAGGAACCCGUUCUCCGCCCCGAGUGGGACUCCCAGCCCCAUGAGACCCUGUCUUUGGUGUCUGCGGAGGAUGACCAUCCCGAUGACCAUUCGCACACGGAUGCUGAGUCGGCUGGCUCGGUGGAGAAACCGGGUGUGCAGGGCGGCUGGGAGGAUGCUGGGUGGUUGUUCCGGGUGAUGAAGCGCACGCUGAUUUGA